AGGGUAGCAAAGCUUUCAGCCAGCGUUAACCGUUUGCUGUCAGAGGACGUUGCGUGCUUGGUUCGUCCUUAGACCGGUCAGUUAGAGGAUGAAUCAUGAUUCUGCACUAUGCUAGACCGGUGGUUUCAGUCAUUCGGAGCAGGAGUGUAAAUGUUGCCAUUUCCAGGCUAUAUCAUGCGGAUAAAGUUGCAACAGUGGGCUCGCAGCCCGACUCACAGUCUACGGUUUUUCAGGAAAAUUAUGAGCGAAUGCAAGCACUGGUGAAGGAGUUGAAGGACAGAGCAGAGAGGAUCAAACUUGGUGGAGGAGAAAAAGCGAGAAACCUACAUACAUCCAGAGGAAAGCUCCUGCCUCGGGAACGCAUCGACAGACUGUUGGAUCCUGGAUCUCCCUUUCUUGAGUUUUCCCAGUUUGCUGGUUAUCAGUUGUAUGGUAAGGAGGAAGUUCCUGCAGGAGGCAUAAUCACUGGUAUUGGGCGAGUCUCAGGGGUGGAGUGUAUUGUCGUUGCGAAUGAUGCUACUGUCAAAGGUGGAACCUAUUAUCCGGUUACUGUGAAGAAGCACCUGCGUGCCCAAGAGAUCGCACAGCAAAACCAUCUACCAUGCAUAUACCUGGUGGAUUCUGGAGGAGCCAAUUUACCCAGACAGGCCGAUGUGUUCCCAGACAGAGAUCACUUUGGACGCAUCUUCUUCAACCAGGCCCGCCUUUCCUCAGAGGGAACUGCACAGAUUGCUGUUGUGAUGGGCUCCUGUACUGCAGGUGGCGCCUAUGUGCCUGCUAUGGCUGAUGAGAGCAUCAUAGUGCGCAAACAAGGGACCAUUUUUCUGGGUGGACCACCACUGGUAAAAGCUGCUACAGGUGAAGAGGUGUCUGCUGAAGACCUGGGAGGCGCAGACCUUCACUGCAGAAAGUCAGGUGUAACUGAUCACUAUGCCCUGGAUGAUAAUCAUGCCCUUCAUCUUGCUCGAAAAGCUAUACGGAGCUUGAACUACAAGAAGAAUCUUGAUGUUACUGUGGAACCUCCUGAGGCUCCUCUGUUUCCUGCCGAUGAGCUAUAUGGUAUUGUGGGGGACAACCUCAAACGCAACUUUGAUAUUCGAGAGGUUAUCGCCCGUAUUGUUGAUGGCAGUAAAUUUGAUGAAUUCAAGGCAUUCUAUGGAGACACACUCGUCACAGGUUUUGCACGGAUAUUUGGCUACCCUGUGGGAAUUAUUGGCAAUAAUGGUGUGCUGUUCUCAGAAUCUGCAAAAAAGGCUACUCAUUUCAUUGAGCUUUGCUGUCAAAGAAACAUUCCACUCCUCUUUCUUCAAAAUAUUACAGGCUUCAUGGUUGGCAGGGAGUAUGAAGCUGGAGGUAUUGCUAAAGAUGGAGCUAAAAUGGUCACCGCUGUAGCCUGUGCCAAUGUGCCUAAGAUUACCGUCAUCAUCGGAGGAUCGUAUGGUGCGGGAAACUAUGGCAUGUGUGGCAGAGCUUAUAGCCCCAGGUUCUUGUACUUGUGGCCUAAUUCCCGCAUCUCUGUGAUGGGAGGAGAGCAGGCAGCCACUGUGCUGGCAACCAUAACUAAGGAUCAAAGAGCCAGGGAAGGAAAAGAGUUUACCCCAGAGCAGGAAGCUGCAAUGAAAGAGCCAAUUAUCAAACGCUUUGAGGAGGAGGGAAACCCAUAUUAUUCCAGUGCCAGAUUGUGGGAUGAUGGAAUCAUUGACCCUGCUGACACUCGCCUUGUCCUGGGCUUGAGUCUGAGUGCUGCUCUCAACGCCCCCACACAGAAAACCCGAUUUGGUGUCUUCAGAAUGUAAAUCUGUUUUUGUAAAGAUCAGACAUUUAGAAUUAAAUCUAUUUCCUCUGUCUUUUGGGCAGUACACACUAACUUUAUAAACUUGUUUUGUCUUUGUAUGUUUGACAACAGUAAAAUCUGUAAAGCCAA